AUGGCACACCCCUUCCAUUCCGAUCGACCGCGAAAGUACUCCGGGUCCCUCAGCAAGGCACACGCUGGACAUAUCCGCAAUCCUGAUGGCUGGCUCACGGGCCGUCCGCGUCCCACCCUGUUCACUGGCUCUUAUAGAGGUAUAAUCAGCGAAUUGCGGCUUGCCAUCAGUCCUACCAACGCCUCUCAGCACCACGGGGGACAUUAG